AUGGGCUCGGCCUUGGAACUGUCGCAGUCGUUAAACUCGCGGCGGCCGGCGGCGCCCUCGCUGCCGAGCUUCGAGCUGCCCCCGCCACCGUUUGGGCUGGCGGGCGCCCACAGCGGCCCCAAGUGGCCCCAGAAUCCCGGGGGUCCCCUUCCAACCUCGCAACCCCCCGCCAGUGUGAGUGUGGGCAACCUGCUGACACCCCCGGCCACCAACCAGUCCGGCGAGACCGCCACCUCCCAUCCGCUGGCGCCCUCCUCUGGUGUUUCUGCAGACCUGCCGCCGGCAUACUGGCCAGGAACAUCGACUUACGGGAGCGGAGGAGGAGCUACGGCGCAGUGGGCGUCCGGCGUCACUCCGGGCUACACGCGCUCGUCCUUCUCUCCGUCCGGGAUGGUGGGUCGUCCGGCCGCCGUGACAGCUCCCUCCUCGACCGAUGGCCUGUCACAGCCAUUCGAGGCGCCCUCGUUGACAUUCCCACAGGCUUUGCCCGCUCCGCCCGCCACAAUUCCAUCGACAGCACCGCAGAUGGCUCUCUAUCACUCCGGACACGGCAACUCUCCGGCGCCGUUGCCGUCGAACGACCCAUAUACUCCAAAAGGCCACCUCUACGGCACCUCGCCACAUAUGCCCAGUCCGCAUCAGGCGGGCUUUUCCCCCAUGUAUGGCGGGCCACACGCCAUGAGUCCUGCGGGGCUCGGCAUCCAUCCGCAGGCACGCAUGCCCGCGCAAAGUCCUGGCGGACAACCGCCGCUGGCCUUCCCACGGCAACCAUGGCCUUCUUACUCCUUGCCGGCGAUGAACGGUCCCGUCAUGACGAAUGUACAUAGCCCCAACAGCCCCAUGUCCAUGAUGGGCGGCAUGCAGUCGGGCCUGCUUCCCGGCUUCAACAGCGGGCAUGUCGCCAGCACCCAACAUCUCUACAGCGCCCACCCGCCACCCCACGGCAUGCCGGCACCAGCGGCGGACCGGCCGUUCAAGUGUGAUCAAUGCCCGCAGAGUUUCAACCGAAAUCACGAUCUGAAGCGGCACAAGCGGAUCCACCUGGCUGUCAAGCCAUUCCCGUGCAACCAUUGUGAUAAGAGCUUCUCCCGCAAGGAUGCAUUGAAGCGACACAUUCUCGUCAAGGGUUGUGGCAAGGAUGGCGACUCGGAUUCGACGAACCAGACGGGCGACGUCAAGGGCGAAGGGCGUAGCGAAGACGGCAGCCCCGUCCUCAACGGGCGGGUCUAG